UAAUAAUCAGAACGACGUUCAAUCAUGAGUAUUGAUGACGUCACAGUUUUAUUUUCGAAAUGCCAAAUUAUUUAACUACACGUUUCGAAAAGUAUUUUGUUUGACCAUGUUGUCUUUUAGUCUAUUAUAAAAUACAUACACACAGCACUACCUCACCACACACCGCUACAUUUUACGUCUGUGUCUUUAUACAAUCUGUUAUAAAUCUAUAAUAAGUUUUCAAGAACCAGUUUACGGUCGAACACAGGUUCUUACCUAGUAGUUCCUAUAAGGCAAUCUAAUAAAUACUGUCGUCUGUGCGCGCCAAAACAUGUUUCUGUAUUUUUUGCCAAAAGAUUUAAAUAUACGUUUAUACGUCAUUUUUUUGUUUCUUUUUUCUGGUUUAGUGUUCUUUGGUUAUCCAACGUGUGAGUGCACGAUGUUUGUUUAUUUGCUGUCAAUAGUUUUAUUCCUGUGCGCUCUUGAUUUGUUGUUCAAAUACAAUGCACGACAUGUUAGAAAAGUACAGACGCCGAAACCGAACUUUUUGUUCGGAAAUGGGAUAGAACUCAUUCAAAAUCCAGUCGGACUCUUCAAGUUGGUAAGAGGUUAUGCAAGCCAAUUCAAUGGUAUAUACGGAUGGUAUGCUAUGAUGAUGACAACGAUCAAUCUUUAUAACCCGGAAGAUAUUGAGAUAGUGAUUUCAGGGGCAAAGAACACGGAAAAGAGUGACAUAUACUUAUUAUUGAAUCCUUGGUUAAGAGAAGGCUUACUGUUGAGUAAAGGAGCAAAAUGGAUGCAUCGGCGAAAGAUUCUGACGCCGGCAUUUCACUUCAACAUUUUAAAGAAAUUCUUAUCAGUAAUGGAAGAGAACAGUCAGCGUUUGGUGGCAAGGUUGCAGAAAACACAAGGAGAUAGUGUUAAUGUUGUCCCUGUCCUAUCUGAUUAUACACUUGGUGCUAUUUGUGAAACGGCAAUGGGCACUCGCCUCGAUGAUGACACGACUAACGCAGGACAAGUGUACAAAAACGCCGUGAGCCAAGUCGCAAGAUGUUGUACCCUUAGAAUGGCAAGAAUCUACUACAUUCCCAAUUUAAUUUUCAACUUCUCCUCCAUCGGUAAGAUCUUCUGGCAAAACUUAGAAACAGUAUUCUCUUUCACAAAGAGGAUUAUUAAAGAGAGGAGGGAAUACGUUGAGAAACACGGGAUUGAUUUUUCUGAAAGCUUGGAAGAUGACGAUGAAGUAUUUGUGGGCAGUAAAAAGAAGAAGAUUGCAAUGCUAGACUUGAUGAUAUCAGCUGAGAAAGAUGGUGUGAUCGACGCUAAUGGCAUACAGGAAGAAGUUGAUACAUUCACUUUUGAGGGUCAUGACACUACGGCUGCUGGGUUGAAUUAUUGUCUAAUGCUGCUCGCGAACCACAAGGACAUUCAGGAUAAAAUUGUAGCUGAACUGAACGAAGUUUUCGGCGAUUCCGAUAGAGAAGCUAAAGUGGAAGACUUGAACGCUUUGAAAUAUAUGGAUUGUUGUAUCAAAGAGACCUUACGGUUGUACCCCCCAGUGCCUUUUAUAGGAAGGACACUUAGUGAAGACGUCGUGUUAAGUGGCUAUAAGGUCCCAGCUGGAACCUUAUGUCAUAUCCACAUAUUUGACUUGCACCGUCGUGAGGAUUUGUACAAGAACCCUAACAAGUUUGAUCCUGACCGUUUUCUACCCGAAAAUAGUGUUGGGCGUCAUGCUUACGCCUAUCUGCCCUUUAGUGCGGGACCGAGAAAUUGUAUUGGUCAAAGAUUCGCAACAUUAGAACUGAAGUCAUGUGUGUCAGCGUUGUUACGCAAGUUCGAGCUGCUCCCUGUAACUACACCGGAGGACCUCGAGUUCUCAGCAGACCUUGUACUCAGAUGCACUAAGCCUAUUUACGUCAAGUUUGUCGAAAGAAGUUACUGAAUGUAAUUGUCAUUAUAUUAUAUUAAAUGAAUCAAAAUAUAAUGUCAAGAAAUAAACGUGCCUUAAACUGCA